AUGGCGGACUCGGAGAAACCCUCCCGUGCAGGGUCGGAUGAUAUCCAAUAUGACACAGAAAGCGCCAUGACGGUCACGGGCUCUGAAACUCCGACAAAAGAGGUUUCUGAAACUAAAGCCAACAGUUGGAAAAUGCUUCCUCAGCUCCAGGAAGAAAACGCCCGCAACCUGGCUUCUGGAUUCAAACAGCAAUCACUUGGUGUGACAUGGAAGGACCUCUCUGUGCAGGUUGUCAGUGCAGAAGCAGCGGUCAAUGAGACGGUCCUAUCACAGUUCAACAUCCCCCAGAAAAUCAAGGAUAGCCGCAGAAAGCCUCCGUUGCGUACCAUCCUUCGGGAAAGUCAUGGAAAUGUCCGACCCGGAGAAAUGCUCCUUGUUCUUGGUCGCCCUGGCUCUGGCUGUUCGACCUUGUUGAAAAUGCUCUCCAAUAAGCGCGGUGGAUACAAGUCUGUCGAAGGCGAUGUCCGUUUCGGCUCUAUGGACUCCAAUGAGGCCAAGAACUAUCGCGGUCAGAUUGUGCUCAAUAGCGAGGAGGAGAUCUUCUUCCCAACCCUAACAGUCGGACAAACUAUGGACUUUGCAACUCGCCUUAAGGUCCCCUUUCAUUUGCCCGAUGGCAUGACUGCUUCCGAGUAUCAGCAGGCAUCGAAGAAGUUCCUUCUCGAGUCGGUCGGAAUUUCUCACACCGAGGACACCAAGGUUGGAAAUGAGUACGUCCGCGGCGUAUCAGGAGGAGAGCGAAAGCGUGUUUCAAUCAUUGAAUGCAUGGCUACGCGAGGAUCCGUCUUUUGUUGGGACCAAUCGACUCGCGGUCUUGAUGCUUCUACUGCCCUCGAAUGGACCAAGGCCAUCCGAGCUAUGACCGAUGUUCUUGGUCUCACGACAAUCGUCACACUUUAUCAAGCCGGUAACGGUAUUUUUGACUUGUUCGACAAAGUGCUAUUGCUCGAUGAAGGAGAGCAGAUUUACUACGGUCCUCGGGAACAGGCCCGCCCCUUUAUGGAGAACGCCGGAUUUAUCUGCCGCGAGGGUUCCAACAUCGCCGACUACCUCACCGGUGUGACUGUCCCAACUGAGCGAAGAAUUCGCGAGGGUUAUGAAAGUCGCUUCCCGCGCAACGCAGAAGCCCUCCGUGCCGAGUAUGAAAAGUCACCAAUUCAUGCUCAAAUGGCAGCCGAGUACUCUUACCCAGACUCUGAUCUCGCCCGUGAACGCACCAAAGAGUUCAAGGAGGGCGUUGCUUUCGAGACUUCCAAAAAGCUGCCUCAGAACAGCCCAUUCACUGUCAGCUUCCUUGACCAGGUCAAAAUCUGUGUGCAGCGCCAGUACCAGAUCCUUUGGGGUGAUAAAGCAACCUUUAUCAUUAAGCAGGUGGCGACGCUGGCCCAGGCUCUGAUUGCAGGCUCCUUGUUCUACAGUGCUCCGGAUAACUCCGGCGGCCUCUUCGUCAAGUCCGGUGCACUCUUCUUCUCUCUUCUGUACAACAGUCUGCUCGCGAUGAGUGAGGUCACUGAGUCAUUCUCCGGAAGACCAGUCCUCAUCAAGCACAAAAGUUUCGCCUAUUUCCACCCUGCCGCGUUUUGCUUGGCUCAGAUCGCUGCCGAUAUCCCCGUUCUACUCUUCCAGAUCUCUAUGUUCGGUUUGGUUGUAUACUUCAUGGUUGGGCUUUCAAUGUCAGCCGGUGCCUUCUUCACGUAUUUCGCGAUCGUUUUUACCACAACUAUGGCUAUGACUGCACUUUUCCGCGCUGUCGGGGCUGUCUUUACAACCUUUGAUGGUGCUUCCAAGGUCUCUGGCUUGUUGAUUAUGUCUACUGUCCUUUACAGUGGGUAUAUGAUUCAAAAGCCGAAAAUGCACCCAUGGCUUGGUUGGAUAUUCUGGAUUGAUCCCCUCUCCUACGGGUUUGAGGCGUUGCUAUCUACCGAGUUCCACGGCAGAACAAUUCCGUGCGUGGGAGGCAACCUCGUUCCUACCGGCCCCGGAUAUGAAAAUUCCCAAGACCACCAAUCUUGUGCCGGAGUCGGCGGUGCAAUCCAAGGUCAGAAUUUUGUGCUUGGUGACAACUAUCUGUCAUCUCUCUCAUACAGUCACGCGCACAUCUGGCGUAACUUCGGUAUCAACUGGGCCUGGUGGGCACUAUUUGCUUUCCUUACAAUUGUUGCAACCUCGAGGUGGCAGUCUCCGUCCGAGUCUGGUAACACACUGGUCAUCCCCCGCGAAUACCUCCACAAGCAUCUCCAAAACCAGAAGAAGGACGAAGAGGGCCAGGCUUCCACGAAGGCUGUCUCUGAGGGCAGCAACGAACCCGCCAACAUCGACAACCAACUUGUGAGAAACACUUCGGUCUUCACCUGGAAGAAUCUUUCCUACACUGUCAAAACACCGUCCGGCGACCGAGUUCUUCUCGAUAACGUCCAUGGAUGGGUGAAGCCUGGUAUGCUGGGUGCUCUUAUGGGAUCCUCCGGUGCAGGUAAAACGACCCUCUUGGAUGUUCUUGCUCAGCGCAAGACUGAAGGCACUAUCAAUGGUUCUAUCAUGGUCGAUGGCCGCCCACUGCCUGUCUCCUUCCAACGUUCCGCCGGCUAUGUUGAACAGCUCGACAUUCACGAGCGGAUGGCAACUGUCCGUGAGGCAUUGGAAUUCUCUGCGCUCCUUCGUCAACCUGCCGACGUUCCACGUGCCGAGAAGUUGGCCUACGUCGACGUGAUCAUCAACCUACUCGAGCUUCAUGAUUUGGCCGAUACUAUGAUUGGUAGUGUCGGAGCUGGACUCUCUGUUGAACAGAGAAAGCGUGUCACUAUUGGUGUCGAACUUGUUUCUAAGCCCAGCAUUUUGAUCUUCUUGGACGAGCCUACCAGUGGUCUUGAUGGCCAGAGUGCUUACAAUACUGUCCGCUUUUUGAGAAAAUUGGCAGACGUUGGACAAGCUGUUCUAGUUACUGUGCACCAGCCCUCUGCCCAGCUCUUUGCUGAAUUCGAUCAACUUCUUCUUCUCGCUAAGGGUGGUAAGACCGUUUUCUUCGGCGAAAUUGGAGAGAAUGCCAAGAGUCUGAAGAGCUAUUUCUCACGUUACGGAGCACCAUGCCCCCCUGAGACAAACCCUGCCGAGCAUAUGAUUGAUGUUGUUUCCGGUGAAUUGAGCCAAGGCCGAGACUGGAACAAGAUCUGGCUGGAAUCACCUGAACAUACCGAAAUGCUUAAGGAGCUUGACUCAAUCAUUGAGACUGCUGCAUCUAAGCCUGCUGGAACUACUGACGACGGUCGCGAGUUUGCCACUUCUCUCUGGGAGCAAACAGGCCUCGUUCUCAAGCGUACCUCAACCGCCCUGUUCAGAAACAGCGACUAUAUCAACAACAAGUUCGCGCUCCACAUCUCCUCCGGCCUGUUUGUAGGUUUCAGCUUCUGGAUGAUUGGUGACUCUGUUAGUGACAUGCAACUCACAUUGUUCUUUAUUUUCAACGCCAUCUUCGUCGCCCCGGGUGUGAUCAACCAGUUGCAGCCAACCUUCCUCGAACGCCGUGACCUGUUUGAAGCACGCGAGAAGAAGGCUAAGAUGUACUCUUGGAAAGCCUUCACAUUCGCCUUGAUUGUCUCUGAGAUCCCAUAUCUGAUUAUUUGUGGUGUGCUCUUCUUUGUCUGCUGGUAUUGGACCGGUGGUUUGGUCACCGAGGCGAGUAAGAGUGGAUCCAUGUUCACAGUCUUCCUUCUUUAUGAAUUCUUAUACACUGGAAUUGGUCAAUUUGUUGCUGCGUACGCCCCUAACGCCAACCUGGCUGCCAUGAUCAAUCCUCUCGUCCUGGGUACUCUGAUCUCCUUCUGCGGAGUCCUUGUUCCUUACGCCCAAAUCCAACCCUUCUGGAGGUACUGGAUCUACUACCUAAACCCUUUCAAUUACUUGAUGGGAAGUAUGUUAGUCUUUGGUCUCUUCGACAAAAAGGUGCAAUGUACAGAACAAGAGUACGCACUCUUCACUGCACCAAACGGAACAACCUGUGGUGAAUAUCUCGCCGGGUACAUGCAAACCAUUGGAACUCGCAUGAACCUUCUCGACCCCGACGCCACUGAAUGCCGGGUGUGCCAAUACACCCGUGGAUCGGAUUACCUCCAGACGGUCAACCUUCUUGAUUACUACUAUGGAUGGCGCGAUACUGCCCUCGUCGGCCUAUUUGUGAUCAGCUCUUAUGCUCUUGUCUUUGGUCUGAUGAAACUCAGAACCAAGGCCUCGAAGAAGGCUGACUGA